AUGAUCUCACAGCGAUGGAUGCUGGCUGUCUGGUUUUCACUGGCCUCAGACACUUGCAGGACUUUUGGCAGCGGGGUCGUUCAGCCUUUCAACGGUUCAAGCUUCUACGUGCGGUCCAGCUGCCCGUUCACCCUCACCCGCUUCACCCACAAUCGGGUGGAAUGUGACAUCACCACACUGCGAGGUGACAGCGGGCUGCUGGUCCACGUCGAGAUCAUCAUCAACAAAAUCAGGACUGUUCUGCAGAAUGGAAGCAUCCUGGUGGAGAAGAAAAGUGUGUCCCUUCCAUACGACCACACCUACCAGCACAUCUUUCACUACGGCGUCUACACUAAACUGAGGAGCUCGCUGCUCCCUCUGUCUGUCACCUGGCACAAUGUGCCUGGAGGGAUCGACACCGUGUGGGUGGAGCUGGAGCAGGAGCUGAGCACUGACAUGACCGGACUGUGUGGGAAAUACAACAUCUCAGGCAACAAACGGCAGCUGAUCACGGAGAGCGUGCUUGCUGACGACACAUGUCAAACCCGAGAUCCAGUCUUCACUAUUAAUGAAGCAUGCAGACUGUUCUUGUCCUACACCUUGGAUUGUCUGCAAGCCAGGACGAGUCAUUAUAUCCAACUCUGUGAAGAGAACAUUUACGGCUAUGAAAAGAGCAGAUACAUCAGCUGCGCCUUCUUCAACGAAGUUGUCCAGCAGUGUGGGAAUAGCAGCUACGUCUGGAACAUAUGGAGAUCCGUAACCGGCUGUGUGAAACCCACUUGUCCAGGAGACCUGGUUUAUGUAGAACAAGGUGCAGCCUUUGUCCCCAGCUGCUCCAACCCAAACCCCAGAUUCUCCAACCAGGAUCUCAUCAGCUCCUGUGUCUGCCCAAUGGGCAAGGUGCUUAAUGACGGCGCAGACGGCUUCCACUGUGUGAGUGUGUCCAGCUGCCCCUGUGUGUUCGCUGGCAAGAGCUACUCAACUGGAGACACGCGCAGCACCAUGUGUCAAUCAUGUACGUGUGACAGUGGGAAAUGGCGAUGCUCUGAAAACUUCUGCCCCACCAGAUGUCUCAUUGAAGGGCAGUUUGUGACAACAGUUGAUGGCAAACAAUAUGUCGUCCCUGGUAAAUGUACAUAUGUGGCCUCACAGGGUCUCAACUGGACAAUAACAAUUGAGUAUUUCGAAAAGGCGCCCUCUCUGAAAACAGUCACUCUUCAGCUUUUUCAGGAAAAGUAUACGUUUUCACAGAACAUGGUUAAAAUUGGAGAGGAGGAGAUCACUGAACUUCAUCAGUCUGACCAUGCUUUGGUUUUCUGGCAGUCUUCCAUGUAUGUCCAGGUCCACACAUCCUUUGGCAUGAAGAUCCAAGUCCAGAUGUCUCCUGAAAUCCAGCUGUACUUUGCACCACCCUCAAACCACACUGGCAUGAUCUCAGGUCUUUGCGGCAACAGCAACAAUGACACCACAGACGACUUCACCACCAGCAGCGGCAUCAUCGAGAACUCAGCUCAGCCUUUCGCUCAGUCGUGGAGUGUGGAUGCUUGUGGAGUGAACAUACCCAGCACCUGCGUCAACGCAGACAAUGAAAUAUUUGCUGAUGAGAAAUGCUCCGUGUUGAACAACCCAACUGGGAUAUUUGCUAAGUGCCAUGGUCACAUCCCAACCGAUCGCUACCACACGGCUUGUAUCCAAAGAACAUGCAACUGUGGCAGCAGUCUGCAGCAGUGCUUGUGCGUUGCUCUGGGCAGCUAUGCCAAAGCCUGCAGCAGUCUGGGUGUUGCAGUUGGUGACUGGAGGAAAGCUACCAACUGCACUCUGAAAUGUCAGAAGAACCAAGAAUUCUCCUACAGCAUGCAAGCCUGCAACCGCACAUGCCGUUCCCUGUCUGUCCCUGACCCUCGCUGUGGCCUGGAUGCUGCUCCUGUGGAGGGCUGUGGCUGUCCAGAGGGAACUCACCUGAACCAAGGACACAUCUGUACCCCAAAAGCAGAGUGUGUUUGUCACUACCACGGUGGUACAACGCCACCGGGCUCCAUUGUUAUCGAUGGACGACAGUGCUUCUGUGAGAAUGGAGAACUGCAGUGUUCUAAGGAUUGUGGGUGCAGAAAUGGGAAGGUUUGUGUACAUUGCGCUGAGUAUCCAGUUAACACAGCUCAGAAAACCUGUGACAGUCUCAGCAGACCAAUGGGUGCCGGUAUGAAAUGUGAUAGUGGCUGUUACUGCCCACAUGACCGGUAUGAGGAUCACCGUGGAAACUGUGUUUCUCUGGACAACUGCACCUGUGUGUACAGCGGCAAAGUAUUCGGUGCAGGACAGCAUGUCAAAACCAACUGCAAAACCUGUGUCUGUGAUCAGGGUCAGUGGCACUGCAAAGACAAGCCUUGUCCUAAGAAGUGUCAAGUUUACGGAAAUGGACACUACCAGACGUUUGACUCCAAAUGGUACCGCUUUGAUGGACACUGUCAGUAUACACUUGUAGAGGAUGAUUGUGGAAAUAGAAACGGCACCUUCUCUGUCAGAGUGGAGAGUGUACCCUGCUGUGACGAGGCUCUCACCUGCUCUCGCUCCAUCAUCCUCGACCUGCAGGGCUCAGUCACCCUGACACUGAGCGACAUGAAGGUGACCAGACACCACCAUGACGGCUGGACUCUGCAGGCAGAUCCUCUUUACUCCACGCACACUGUGGGACUCUACAUCAUAAUCUCAGUGCCGAGCAGAGGCAUCACUCUCAUCUGGGACAAACACACCCGGAUCACCAUAGAGCUGCAUGCACACUGGAGGAACCGAGUGUGUGGCCUCUGUGGGAAUUUUGACUCCAAUGAGAUGAAUGACCUGCAGAUAAGUGACUCAGCAGUACUGUCUAGUCCCUUGGCGUUUGGCAACAGCUGGAAAGCCACCACACCUCCUUGCUCUGAUGUGACCACUGAGGUAUUUCCGUGUGAACGCAGCUCCUACUGCUCCGCCUGGGCCCAACGGCGCUGUAUGAUCCUUACAGGAGACACAUUCAAAGACUGCCACUUAAAAGUUGAUCCAGAGCCCUACUACCAUGCCUGUGUGCAGGAGUCCUGCUCCUGUGAGUUUGAAGGGAAGUUCCUGGGCUUCUGCACAGCUGUAGCAGCCUACGCAGAGGCCUGCAGUGACCAGGAUGUGUGUGUAAACUGGAGAACACCUGAUUUGUGUCCGGUCUACUGUGACUACUACAACGAGCAGGGCCAGUGCAGCUGGCACUAUGAAGCCUGUGGUGAGGUGCUAACCUGCGGCAACGGCAACGACUUCACUCACAAGCUGGAAGGCUGCUACCCCAGAUGUUCAAAGGAGGCACCAUACUAUGAUGAAAAUACUGGUGAAUGCACCAAACUGAGAAACUGCACCUGCUAUUUUAAUGACACUGUCAUUAAGCCUGGGACAGUGGUGCUGAUACAGUCUAUUAAGUGUCGCUGUGAAAAUGGAACAAUUAAGUGUCCACCCACCGCCACUUCUACACCAUUGACGACCAUUACAGACAGGAAAAAGAGCUGGAGUUGCGGUGAUUCAUGGACAGAGGACUGCUUCAAUAAGACUUGUACAGAUGAGAAGAUAGAGUUGACCCCAGUGGUUUGUCCAGAGCCUACAAUUCCCAUCUGUCCCAGAAAACAGGUCACAAAAGUGUCUGAUGGGUGCUGCGAAACAUGGAAGUGUGACUGUCGCUGCGAUCUAUAUGGGGACCCCCACUACAUCUCUUUCCAAGGUGUAGCUUUUGAUUUCAUGGACGAAUGCACCUACAUCCUGGUGGAGGAGCGGUCACCACGUCAUUAUCUGACCAUUGCUGUGGACAACUUCCUCUGUGUGCCAGGCCUCCAAGGCUCUUGUGCUAGGGGCAUCAUCCUGAAAUAUCAGAACAAUACAGCUACACUCACUAUCAUUCCACAUGUGUUUGCAGUACAGGCCACCCUGAACAAUGUGACCAUAGUGCCACCAUAUGAGGAGCAAGGGUGGAGGUUUGAGACCACGGGGUACAUAGUGUCCAUCCACCUCCCAGAGGUCCGGUCUUAUGUAUCCCUGAGUCCGUCUUGGACCCUUGUCGUCAGUCUGGCCAUGGAGCAUUUCCUCAACAAUACCCAAGGACAAUGUGGUGUUUGUGGUGUUGGAUCAUGUGUCCGUAAAGGAGGGCAGAUGGAGGACGACAGGUGCUGUGAGAAGACAGCCUAUGACUGGGUGUACGCAGACCCGUUGAAGCCAGCUUGUGUUUCUGCGCCAGGGGAUGUGCCCUGCCCCACCGGGCCCACUCCACCGCCCACUAGUGCACCCACUUCCACCACCCCCUGCCCUGCAAGCCUACUGUGUGAGCUGCUAGACCACCCGUAUGUGGAUCUGAUCGUUAAAAAGAAGAACUGCGAGUUUGAUUCGUGCAGAAAUGGUGCUUGCUCUUCGCUAGAGCAAGCUGCUGAGGAAUGCAAGAAAGCCGGUUUGUGUAUUGACUGGAGAAAGCUGGCUAAUGGAAGCUGUGAUGUGCCAUGUCCAAAAGGAUUGGUUUACAAAGAAUGUAGUGUCAAGCUGGAUGACUUCUGCUUUGGAGGCAUGCAUUACCCCGGAGCCUCCCUCGAGAGCAGCAGCACAGGCUGCUUUUGUCCCAGUGGCCAGUUCAGGGCAGGAAAUCACUCAAACACCUGUGUGUCUGACUGUCCCUAUUGUAAAGGGCCACUUGGUGAGCCCAGACUGCCUGGCGCCGUGUGGAAGUCCGGCUGUAACCUGUGCACAUGUAACAACCAGACUCGGACGGAGGAGUGUUUUCCAAAACCUCCUGUGCCACCUCCUACCUGCAGCCCCAACGCUGUCUUGGUGAACUCCUCUUGCUGUGGUGAUCAGAUUUGCGUGACCAAAACGUGCAGCUAUCAUGGAAAAACAUACAAGGUUGGAGACAGAUGGAAGGAUGCCGCACAUCCCUGCAUGUCAUUCAGUUGCAACAAAGAGGGUAUUCAGACUGAGACUAGAGUCUGUCCCACAGAAAACUGUAACCACAGCUGUGCUCCGAAGGUGACCAGUAUCAACAUUAACAGAGACAACUGUACCACUGUGAUGCAGAUGCCCGUUUGUCAGGGCCAAUGUGUGUCUGAGCCCAGGGUUGUGUUACACGGCGACCUGCAGGUGGAGCAGGAGUGCCGAUGCUGUCGGGAGCGGAGCUCAGAGAGGAGAUCCGUGACGCUGCAGUGCUCGGACCUCACCACCAGACUCUACAGCUACAGGCAUAUCACUGGCUGUGAGUGCAGAGCCUGUGGCGUGCUGCGCUGA